UUAAAAUUAAAAUGAUAUAUAAUCACAUAAACAUUAUCAAAUUUAGUAAGAAUCAAUAUGGAUCAAAACAAAAAAAGGAGACUAUAGGUAUUAAACUUACUCCUCGGUCCUCAACUAGUCAACUUCAAAAUUUCAACGGCCUCAUUAUUUCCAUUUCCCAACUCUUACACAAACUAUUUGGCACAUAAAUACAUUAUAAAUUUUUUAUACACCAUGAAAAUCCCAAAAUCCCAAGAAAGCAGGAACGGCACACUUAAUGGGAAAGCUUAAAGAUUACUAAUCGUAAUUCACAGAGCAUUAGAAGGGGAUUCAAAGGCUAUUGAGGAAUGAAACGGCCCGGUCCAUCAGUGAACCCGCUUUCUCACAAGUCGGAUUCAGUAAAUGGAAAACGUGUUCCUCGCCUUCCACAUCCACGAGCUCCAAUUUGCCUCCCCACCCACUCUUCUUCAGCGCCUCGUAAUAUUUCAACCCCCCUUCUCUGACGAUAUCCUUCUCCGAAAUAAUCACCACGAUUUUCGAGCACACCAGCCCGGAAAGAAUUUCCGGAGAAGCCGCCGGGUUAUGCAGCGGGUCAUCCAUACCCGUUGAUUCCGGGUAAAUGUACUCCCACACCUUCUCCCAGUCCAAGCACCACAGCUUGCUGGGUUUCCCGGUUCCAAAAUACGGGUGCUCCAGAACCAUUCCCGCCGGCUUCAACCCACUCCCACCUGCUCUGACCAUCAUGUUGUGAGCAAUAUUGCCCCCUGCGCUAUCGCCCGCCAGGAAAACCCGGGUAAGAUCCGCGUGACUUUUAAGCCACGGAUCGGGUCCGGGUCCACUUUCCUGAGCGUGUGACGCGACCCACUGAAAAACCGCCCAGGAAUCGUCGUAGCAGGCGGGGAGCUUAUGCUCCGGAGCUAACCUGUAAUCGACUGAAACGGUGAGGACCUUGGCUUUGGCCGUCAAUGCGUGGAGAUAGCUGUCGUACAUAGAGGAGGAGGCGGAGUUGAGCACGAACGCGCCGCCGUGGAUGUAGACGAGAACGGGGAGUUUUUGGUCCUCGUCGGUGAUUUUGGGGAGGUAAAGGCGAGCCCAGACGUUGUGUUCCGGUACGAUUACGACGUCUCUGGAUCUAACGCCGGUUGCUGGGUUGUCAGAUGCAGGCGUGAAGACGUGUUUGAGUGCUCUUUCGACGCGGCCAUCCUCGUAGACGCGGAAAAGGGGGAAGAAAUCGUGAACCACUUUGGUUGAGCUAGGAGAAGCCAUGGCUGAGUGGAAGAGAAAAAGGGAGGUAUCACUCAUUCAUUAUUGAUUACGAAGUAUUUCAUUAUCUAUCUAUAUACAGAAUCAAAGUGGAAAAAUGGUCAAAUUUCUGCCCAAAACACGGUGAAAACACUCAUCCAUAAUUAGUAGUACUGUUUAUGGUAUAUGAAGUUGAUAUCAAUUGUCUAGGUCAAUGAGUGGAGCAAUAAUGGUGAUAUUGGUGAAUAGUACUAUCCUUUCGUUUCUUAUGUGUGGUCUUCAACAUGCCAGAUUGUCAAUGUACCUAUAAAAUGAGAUGUACGGGUGCAUGCAUGAUACAAAUUGGUGAAUAGUACUAUCCUUUCGUUUCUUAUGUGUGGUUUAUACUUCUAUCCUGUGUUCAUAUUGCAAAAUUGGAAAUCCAGAAUUACUACGAUGCCCACACCCUUCUUUCCUGUGUUCACAUUCCUUGUGGAAGGACUGGAAGCCAUCAAGCUUCUUCUUCCUCACCAAGAAUUUUCGAAGAAAAUCUUAGCAGGUUUGGUUUGCAGCUUCCCUCGAGGUGUCUGAUGUGCCUACAAGCUCAACAAUCACAAGAGCAUUGCUUAUUCACUUGCUACAAAGCUAUGAGAGUCUGAAAUUUUUUCAAGGGCAUGCUUCAGAUAAGUUAUACAGGUAUGGAGCUCAGACAAAUGCUUUUUUGCUGGUGGUUGGCUAAAGAAUCAUCGAUUGAAGGUACGUUUAAGCAAAUACUGCCAGGAAUCAUUUUAUGGUUUGUGUGGAAGGCAAUGAAUGCUUGUAUUUGGGAUAAUCUAACUUUUGAGGAAGAAGAGGUUAUUAAACAAAUACAAAUUUCAUUGCCAACAAUGGUGUUUGAGCUACAAAAAAGCUAAGUUCAUGACAUUUAGUGAAAACAUAAAAUCAAUGUAGAAAUAGCUUCCCUUAUAAACAGCGACUCAUUGUAGAUGCGGCCUUCAAGAAUGGGAAAUGUGCAGGUGGUGCAAAUCCUCCGAAAUCAGGAUGGAUCCUUGGUAGCUGCAGCGUACUUUCCAAUUAAAGCGACGACAGUGCUCCAAGCGGAAUUUGUUGCAGCGAUUGAAGCUGUGAAAUGGUGUAAGAGAAUCAACAUCAGUGAUAUACAAUUGGAAUCAGAUUCAGAAUCUUUAGUUAAUAUCAAGAAUAAAUCUCUUCACAUACCUCAUCUUGAUACCUGGAACAAGGAACUUGGCACUCUGUGUGAGCUCUUGCAGGUGAAAAUCAGACAUGUUUACAGAGAAAUCAAUAUGGCGGCACACACGUUAGCUCAGGAAGGAAUGAAGAACUCAUCGGCCAGAUACUUUUUUAAUACUCCGUAUGAAUGAGCUGUCCUUUUCGACGCUUCAGGCUCUGAGUAUGGAUAAGGAGGGUUUAGCCGAGCUGGUCGCAGACUCACUCUCCCUUACAGGAGGUCUCGGGUUCGAAACUCAAUGGAGUGAGUUUCAGCCCUCAUUAGUCCAGACCCUCCCCUGGACGCCCCCUGGAGUAAAAAAAGGAGGGUUUAUUCUACACUUGCUGAUACCUUACGUCUUUUUCUUAUAUCUUCAGUUUAUUUCCAUUAGUUUUCAUUUUCUUUAUUGCAUUUUGGGAUGAUAUGCCAUUCGUGGAGGUUUUGGUUUGGCCCCCCUCUUUAUCUCUAUUCCUUUUAUUUUUAAUAAAAUCCCCCUUUUCUCCAAAAAAAUGAAACUUUCCAUAUUGCCAUUUACUCUUCUUUGUGGUUAGCAGAUCUUAUACGGAAUGUUUUUGUGCUUUCCUAACCGUUUUACCGUUAAUCGAUUCUCUAAUUUUUAAUACUGAUGGAGCAGUAACUUCUUCAUGUAAUUUAGAUUACUCAGAUGUGAGUGGACUGUGGAUAUUUAGUAUCUUAUCAAUUCGAAGUUUCCAAUUGAACAAUUUGCAAAU